GAGAGAGUGAAAGGCAUACAAAAAUAAAACUCACACUUUUAGACGUUUACAUAGCGUUUACUUAAAUGACUUAACAGUAUUAGAGUUAAAUUUAAUUGAUCUCGUUUAAAGUGAUUAUUAAUAUUACUACAAUCAUCAUUUGAAUUGUGAAUGUCAACUAACAAGAAUCAUGGACCAAGAGGGACCCAGGGUGGAUUUUAACAAGGCAUUUUAUGAAUUUAUCACGGGCGUUGAAUUAACUGAAAAAUUUAUGAACCAGCUCAGUGAACACCCAUGCCAUUAUUUACUACCAAGUUUAGAGAAUUUCCCAGACGAUGUGGCCAAAAAAUGCCGCAUAUUCAGCGAGUUCACUUUGGUCCGGGACAACACCGAACGGCUGGCCGAAGCGCUCGAGCAAUCUGGGCAAGCUGAUGCCGCCAAACAAUUGCGCAAGUUUAAUCUAUCGGAAAAACCAUGGGCAAACUCCUAUGACAUUCACCUGAAUGUAGAACCGGCCCGAGCCCUGCGUUCCGACACAUCCAAAGAGCUCAAAAUGGACGCCAACCCGCGUGGGGUGGCCCUCAUAUUUGUGACCGAACCUGACCUGUCACUCGAGGCCGAACGAUUCAGGUCAAUUUGCGAGCAACUGCUAUUUGAGCCAUAUCUACACCAGGGAUUCACCAAGAUGCAAAUCGUGGCCAGACUGACCGAGGUGGCCCAGUCCAAAAAGAAGUAUAAGGGCGACGCGUUUGUCAUGAUAUUCAUCGGUCACGGCUAUAACGAAAAGAUUAUCGGGUGGUCAGCGGGUGGUGAUGACAAUGUGCUGCCCAUCAGGGAUAUAGUGGACAUGUUUUCCGAGACCCGGUGCCGGGCGUUGCGGCAAAAGACCAAAGUGUUUGUAUUCAACUGUUGCCGCGUCAAAUUUGCCGAAGAGGCCCUACCCCUGCCCGACGCUCAGCCCGUAAACAUCGGUAGCGAGUGCGCAAAGUGCCAUGGUCGUUUGGCGUGUACGAAAUGCGAGCCCACCAUGAUGGACACGCUGCAACAUCUAGAUCCACAGUGGAAAAAAGAGAACAAACAAACGCAUGUGAUAUACGCCUGUGCUGAAGGAUUAAAAGCGUGGUACGACCAGGUGAGCGGUCCCAUCGGUCACGUGAGUGUAUUUGGUCAGGCGCUUAGCCAUACCAUAGCCCAGUACUCGUGGUAUAAAAGCCUGUAUCAGCUGUUUCUUAUGUCCGUUAAGCGAUCGGAGGAGGAGUUGGAAAAAAGUGGAGACCCCGAGCGGAGGCCGGAAAUUAACAUGUUCGCCGUGAAUAAGGAACUUUUCUUUAACCCUGGUCAAUGGAGAGAGGAGAGUGAUGAUUUAAGCGAUUAA